CAGGCUGUUCUUGUGUGUUCUGGUUAUGCAGUGCUUGUGGGUCUGUGCUGUGCUGUACUGGACUGUGCCUCUGCAUCAGGAGGCAGGCUGUUCUUGUGUGUUCUGGUUAUGCAGUGCUUGUGGGUCUGUGCUGUGCUGUACUGGACUGUGCCUCUGCAGUCAGGAGGCAGGCUGUUCUUGUGUGUUCUGGUUAUGCAGUGCUUGUGGGUCUGUGCUGUGCUGUACUGGACUGGACUGUGCCUCUGCAGUCAGGAGGCAGGCUGUUCUUGUGUGUUCUGGUUAUGCAGUGCUUGUGGGUCUGUGCUGUACUGGACUGGACUGUGCCUCUGCAGUCAGGAGGCAGGCUGUUCUUGUGUGUUCUGGUUAUGCAGUGCUUGUGGGUCUGUGCUGUGCUGUACUGGGCUGUACUGGACUGUGCCUCUGCAGUCAGGAGGCAGGCUGUUCUUGUGUGUUCUGGUUAUGCAGUGCUUGUGGGUCUGUGCUGUGCUGUACUGGACUGUGCCUCUGCAGUCAGGAGGCAGGCUGUUCUUGUGUGUUCUGGUUAUGCAGUGCUUGUGGGUCUGUGCUGUGCUGUACUGGACUGGACUGUGCCUCUGCAGUCAGGAGGCAGGCUGUUCUUGUGUGUUCUGGUUAUGCAGUGCUUGUGGGUCUGUGCUGUGCUGUACUGGACUGGACUGGACUGUGCCUCUGCAGUCAGGAGGCAGGCUGUUCUUGUGUGUUCUGGUUAUGCAGUGCUUGUGGGUCUGUGCUGUGCUGUGCUGUGCUGUACUGGACUGUGCCUCUGCAGUCAGGAGGCAGGCUGUUCUUGUGUGUUCUGGUUAUGCAGUGCUUGUGGGUCUGUGCUGUGCUGUACUGGACUGUGCCUCUGCAGUCAGGAGGCAGGCUGUUCUUGUGUGUUCUGGUUAUGCAGUGCUUGUGGGUCUGUGCUGUGCGAGUCUGGGGUCUGCACUCCCUGUAAGCAAUAAUGAGUGAAGCACCUUGGUGGCAAAGGCAGGUUUGGCGGUGGGAUGCUCGCUGUUUGCAGUGUCCUGGGACGCUUUCUGUCUCUGAAUUAUAUCUCUUGAGUCUUGUGCUGUUUUAAUAUCCAGUUUGCCGUUCUGGCAGCAGUAAAAUAGCAGACGUCUAUGUGCAAGUCAUCGGAUUGGUGUUUAAUUAGUUCAGCAGGACCAUCCUGGAACACAGCGGUUCAUUUCUGAGGGAUGCUCCUUGUUUUUUUUUUGCUAAGUUGUGAUCUGUUCUUUGUGUCAAGCAUGUUCUAAAUCAAGUGUUUGAAUAUUUGUUGUUGUUAAUAUAUAAAUUAUUUUAUCAUUGGUAAUUUUAAACCUUUAAAAAUAUUGGUAAUUUUAAACAUUUAAAAAUAAAGGUUUGGGGUAUUGUAGCUGCAGCCCCUUCCAGGGCUGUCCUCUCAUUGAAACCAUGGCUUGCAGAAGCGACCUCCUCCCAGAACAUUGCAGCAGCUGUAUCCCUGCAGCUUAGAACACACACCACAACUCGAGGGCAUUGUGAGAUUGAUUAUGGCUGCAUGAGUCGAUUAUGCACAGCGAGUGAAACCUGCUUACAAGAGGGGACAUUGUCUGGCCCUUGAGUUUGUUUUGGAAGUUACAUAACAGGUUCCUGACCUGGGACAGGGAGUGGGCAGGCUGCUGGGGGUUAGAGGUGAUGGGCAUCCAAACAGUCAGCAACUUUAAUUAUCCAGGGAGGUUUCAUUGCACAGGACCGGCACAGCGCUGCUGUAGCUGCUUCUCCUGUUGAAUUAUCCAGGGAGGUUUCAUUGCACAGGACCGGCACAGCGCUGCUGUAGCUGCUUCUCCUGUUGAAUUAUCCAGGGAGGUUUCAUUGCACAGGACCGGCACAGCGCUGCUGUAGCUGCUUCUCCUGUUGAAUUAUCCAGGGAGGUUUCAUUGCACAGGACCGGCACAGCGCUGCUGUAGCUGCUUCUCCUGUUGAAUUAUCCAGGGAGGUUUCAUUGCACAGGACCGGCACAGCGCUGCUGUAGCUGCUUCUCCUGUUGAAUUAUCC